AUGAGCGAAGCUGAAGCCCCCAAGCCUGUCGAGGCUCUCCAGCCUGAGGCCGAGGCUGUCCCUACUACCCAGUCUACCGAAGAGAAGCCUGAGGAGACCACACAGACUUCAGAGGAGAAGUCUGAAGAGAAGAAGGAGAUUCUCAAGACCACCGCCAAGCACGCCGAGAACCCCCGUAACAACCGCAAAUUCGACCCUUCUGUCCGUGAGGUUACUGACGACCCUGAGGCCAUCCGCAAGCAGGUCGAGUUCUACUUUGGUGACUGGAACUUCCCUCAAGACAAGUUCAUGUGGGAGUCAUGCGGUGGUACCGAGAACAAGCCCAUGAAGGUCAAGACUAUCCACUCCUUCAAGCGCAUGCGAACCUUCCAGCCCUACAGCGCCGUUAUUGCUGCUCUCAAGGACAGCAAGUUACUCGACCUCUCCGGUGAGGAGGGUGAGGAGGAGCUCAAGCGCAAGACCCCCUACCAGCCUCUGAACACCUCCAAGUCCAAGGUUGAGGCCGCCACCGUUUAUGUCAAGGGCUUUGGCGACGAAACCCCCAACACUCAAUUUGAUCUUGAGAGCUUCUUUGCCCAGUUUGGUGAGGUCAAGGGUAUCAAGCUUCGACGCACAAAUGAGGGUCUCUUCAAGGGCUCCGUCUUUGUUACAUUCGCCGAUGAGGAGGAGGCCAACAAGUUCCUCAAGACAGAGCCCGCCCCCAAGUGGCAGGACCAUGACCUCAAGAUCAUGAGCAAGCGUGCUUACUGCGAUGAGAAGAACGAGCUUAUCAAGCAAGGAAAGAUCGAGCCCAACCAGACCCAGCCCAAGAAGUUUUACGAGGGUAGGGAAUCUGGCAAGAGUGGACGCGGCCGCGGACGUGGCGGUAACGACUCCGGCAGCCGCGACAACGACAACUGGAAGCAGCGCCGUGACAACGACCAGAAGAACGGCUUCAAGGACCGACGAGGAGGCCGCGGUGGCCGUGGAGGUCGAGGUCGCGGUCGUGGUCGUGGCGGACGCGAUGGUGGCCGUGACCGGGAUCAGGCCAAGGACGAUGUCAAGCACAGCAGCAACGACACCAUGCCUCGCAUCCAGUCCACCGCCGACGAGUCUAGCGAUAACAAGAAGCGAAGCCGCGAUGAAGAGGCUCCCGCCGGCGAGCCCGCCGCCAAGAAGGUCAAGGUCAAGAUUGAAUCCGAAGAGUCCAUCGACGACAGAGAAGAUACACCUAUCGGUGAUCCUGUUCCCCAGGUCAAGACUGAACCCAAAGUCAAGUCCGAAUCUGAUGUCGAGGGCGAGUGGGUCAAGGUCAAAACAGAACCAUAUAACUGA